UAUCCUCCCAUUCUCUCAAUUAUCUCUGACACGCUCUCGUCAGCCUUCUCAAGGAGUGUGACAUACCAGAAUGACACACAAACGACAAGCACUAUGAGUGGUGCUACUCGGCCGAAACUCCGUACCAAAACUGGCUGUCUGACCUGCAGACAGCGCCGUAAGAAAUGCAACGAGAAGUUCCCUGUCUGCGACGCCUGCAGCUUGUCCAGCAGGAAUUGCCAAUGGCCGUCGUCUUCAGACCUGCUUGAUCGUCGUUACGCCUCUCACUCCGACUCUCGACACCGAGAGCCCGUCGCCAAACCGAAACCCGAGCACAUAGAGAACACAAUAGAAGAUGGCCAAGUCUGGGAGGGGCCGGUGCAGGAAAUCCACCACGAUGCUGUUCCUGUGGCUUUUCAUGGCGACUCCGAAGGGAUGCACCCCCUGGAUCUUGUCUUGGAGGCUGGCGCUGUCCAUGGCGUCAUCUCCCAUGACCUAGAGCUCCUACUCUCUCGACAUUUUGCCGACAGAUACUUUUCUCUUCUGCUGCUGCCCAGCUGCCAUCGUGGAUUCCAUGAUGGAUGGCUAAUAGACAUCCAGCACCUCAUGGCGACGCACAAGAGCCUCUAUUAUUCCGUCCUGGCUUGCUCUGCGGCUCAUUAUAUGAAUGAUGAAUCCUGGUACAGGCAGGACCUUGCGCUCAUGUACUAUUCCAAGGCGCUCAAGGAACUCUCUGCUCUUCUUGCAACGGUUUCGAGUCACGAGAACCACAAUGGUCUAUUGAUGUCCGUGAUGCUAUUGUAUCUGCACGGGUGUCUAGGAUGGGGCACCACCAACGAUAUACCACGGCAUGUCAGUGCGGCAACCCGCAUCGUCACACUCCGCCUUCUAAACCGACCCGACAGCACACCACGGCUUUUUGAUAGGCUCGCCAUCGAGAGCGUCGUCUACCAGACCUUCCUUGUUUCGACUGGCCUUUGGUCUGAUAGUAGUGAACUUAGUUAUGAUUUUAAUCCUGACUUCUGGGAUGGAGCCGAGAAAGUAUUGGAACGGUCAACCCUCUUUCCAGGGAACCAGAGGGCCCUCAACAGCCCGGUGCUUGGUGUACCCGCGUCACUCUUCCGACUGGUACUAUUACUCAGACAAUGCUAUCGAGUUGGCUUCUCACUUGACCCGACCACUCUGGAGCAACUGAAAAACGAGGUGGCCAGCUGGGAAGAACGAUUACUCUAUGACGAGAACUUCCGAUCGCGCUUUGAUGAGGCUGCAAUACGAUCGCCUCAGGAAACAUGCUUUAAGGACGGGAGCUAUCUCUACGUGACACUCGCUUCUCUUUUGUUGGAACAGAUAUUACAGGGUCGGAUGAGCGAGGGACUCCCGGUCGCUGUUCCGAAAGAGACCUGGCAGAUUCAAAUGGCGGUUCAGGUUCUCGAGAGUCACCAAAAUGACCAGGUGUGGACAAAAUGUUAUCUCGGCGACUGGCCCAUCUAUUCCCUCGGGUUGUUCAUGUCGUCUGCUGAGCACAAGCAACUGGUACGAUCGGAGCUUCAGAGACGAUGGGAGUGUACAAAGACGGCGAUGGUUACUCGCUUUCAACGGGAUUUGGAGGCUAUCUGGGCUGCUCGGGAUGGGACUGAGGUCGUUUGCUCACCAGGCUCUUAA